CAGGGUAGAAGUUUGACAGGAGCUCGAGCGGGAGAGGGGACGGUGGCUGGAGCCGGCAGCCUAUUUACCUCAAGAGGAAAAAUACCAAACCCCAGAGGAAAGGAAAUAAAGUCAGAAACGAUCGCCCUCACAAAUAGAAAACUAUCGGGAUUUUUUUUUCUGCAAAAUUUUCAAAAGAUUCUGAGGGCUGUUGUCAGGGGGAACCAUGUCUCGCAAAGCCGAGGAUAUCAACAGACUCACGGAAAACACCUAUAAGACUGUAAUGGAACAAUUUAAUCCAGGAUUACGGAAUCUUGUAAAUUUGGGCAAAAAUUAUGAGAAAGCUGUUAGUGCUAUGGUGGCUGCAGGAAAAACCUACUUUGAUGGCAUUUCAAAAUUGGCAGAAUUGAGCUCUCAAUCACCAGUUUCCAAAGAGUUAGGACAAGUCCUACUGGAAAUUUCUGAAGUACACAAGAAAAUCAACAUGGAUAUGGAAGACAAUUUUAGGAAAUUUCACAAAGAUAUCAUCAGUGAAUUGGAGAAAAAAACUGAUCAAGAUGUGAAAUACAUGAACGCAACUCUUAAAAAGUACCAAACAGAACAUAGAACUAAACUGGAUUCUCUUGAGAAAUCACAAGCAGAACUUAAAAAACUUCGAAGGAAAAGUCAAGGAACAAAAAAUGCAUACAAGUAUGAAAAUAAGGAAAUGGAGUUCUUAGCAACCAUCAAUACAAGGGAAAAUGACAUUCAGAGGUUCAUUACUGAGGGCUGCAAAGAGGCAUUACUCGAAGAGAAGAGACGUUUCUGCUUCCUUGUGGACAAACAUUGCAGUUUUUCCCAAGAUCUAAGCAAUUAUCAUGAAAAGGCCAAUGGAAUCCUUGGUGCCAAAAUAAACAGAUGGAAGGAGAAAUGUUUUGAUGCUACAAAGAUACCUGAAUUUUUAGGUGAAGAUGACAGCCCACCAACGUAUAUAUCCAGAACUCCUCAACCUUCUCCAUUGAUUGGACGAUAUACUGUACAUGACCCUGCAUUACAAAAUAAUUUGAAAAUACCACCGGCUCCUCCUGGAAGAGUUCAGAAAAGUCCUCUACCAGAUAUGUUUAACAACCCAACUGCUCAACGUGUGGCCCCUAUUGAGAGAAGCAGUGAUGGAUUAGAGGACGCAAAUCUAACAAGAUCCAUUUCCGUUGCAACUGGAUUAAAUAUGGUUCAGAGGCCAAAGGUGAAAAGCAUUUUUCCACAUACAGCAGGAAAUAACAAAAAUAUGUUGAGCUUCGCAGAAGGUGAUGUGUUAACACUGCUGAUACCAGAGGAAAGAGAUGGCUGGCUGUAUGGAGAACAUGAUAUGAACAAAAUGAGAGGUUGGUUUCCAACAUCUUACACCAGGCCAUUGGAACAAGGUCCAGACGUGACACCUGCACCCAGCCCGGCACCAGCACGGAGUAUGAGCAUCCUGAAUCUUGCAGACAGAUCAAAUGUUGUCCUACCUCCUCCAGAUUAUGCCUCUGAUCCAGUUAAACAUCACAACAAGGAAGUAUCUUUCCACUCUUACAGCAGCAUCCCAGUCAAAGGGAUUGUCACCCAGCCAGACAAUACUAGUUCAAGUUCGGAGCCAAAUGGCAUCAUGAAACCACCUUUCCUUAGUGGAGGAAAUCCUUUUGCUACAGUAAAGCUCCGACCAACAAUAACAAAUGACAGAUCGGCGCCAGUUAUUUAGUGCACAAGUUGUAAAUAAUCCUCAAUCAGUCAUGCAGUUGAAACCAACAGAUGCCAUUUUAAAUUAAUACUAUAUAAGCAAUCAUACCUUUUGUACAAACUGCUCUUGAUAGUUUAUAUUCAUUAAUAUAUUAUUUAUGCUAAUAUCCAAAUUAAUCACUGCAGAAAUGCUCUUGUAUAAAUGGUGGUGGGACAAAAGAUCUUACAGUUGAAAGAGUACAGCAUUUACAGUGAAUCUUAAUAUUAUAAGGGAUAUAGGAAAAACUUUUUGUUAGAGCACAUUCAUUGUUUGAAAAAGCUGUUAUCUUCCAAGAUCCUGAUGCUUGUGCUCUACAGUUUAGUCAGAAAUUCAUUCACUUUGAUGCUUAAUAUUUAACCAAAGCAAUUGUUUUUGGGGGAAAAUCUGAAUGCAUUGGUCAUUAUUUUAUUGAAUAUAGGAGGUAGGACUCUGGACAUUAUAAAAACAUUAAUCUGUUGGAAAAAAGCAGGUCAGGCAAUAUCUAUGGUUUGUGUCAGGUCAAUAGCUUUGUAUCUGAAAAAUCCAGAGCUUGCUUCUUUAAAAGGAUGCAUGCUAUGACUGGUGUUCUUGAAGGAACAAGCCUCUAGCUCAUUGGCAUGUGCAUUUGAAACAGUAAUAUGCUAGAAUAGAUUUUGUUUUAACAUCAGGAAUGGAAGCCAUAGUCAUACGUGUCAACUCACUGUACCCAUUCAAUUCUUCUCUCAGGGAUGGAUAUGUGUACACACUUAAUUUUAUUUUCUAAUCAUUGCUCCUUCUACUUUUCCAUUGUUUUUCCUCCAAAAGCUUUUAUUUAUACCAGCUAGAGAUAUUUAAAGCUGGUGGGGCUACAUGACUCAUUUUCACUCAAAUUCUAGAAUUCGAGAUUUCUCACUCCUUUUUUUCUGCUAUUUAAAUUUAACAAUUGAGAAGAUGCAAAUAUAAAAUAACAGAAAAUAUUGGCAGGCCGAUCCACAUCAGCAAAGUGGAAAAGGAUAUGGACAAAGAUCCACAUUGAAAACAUUGACCGUUCUGACUGAGGUUAACGUUUUGGAUAUAGAACUGUCAGCGGUCCCUUUGCCAGACAAAAGGUUAAUGCAACCUUUUCACUAAUGCUGAUGAGCCUGCUUUGCAUUUCCAACAUUUUCUGAUUUUCAUUUUUAAAUAUGCUACAUGUAUAUGCACAUCUUACAGUAGCAGCCCAACCAAAUUUAUUUUUUUCCAAAAACCAAACCAGAUUAGAUCCACUUGUGACACAUUUUAAAUGCAUUGGCCAAAGCUUUAUUGAUCUGAAGAAAAAUCAACAUGUUAAUUGGUUUGUACUGGAUAUAUUUUCUUUUUAUUUGUAAGAAGUGCUACCUUUUAAAGCUGUGUGUGUGUGUGUGUGUGUGUGUGUGUGUGUUUCUUAAUUUGUACACUUGCAACUUUUCCCAAUUAUCGUCAGAUUAAGAUCUAUGUAACAAACUACAAGAUACCCAAUUAGGAAAUCUGAUCAUUGCCUGGAACCAAAAGUAAAGAAACAGUAUUUCAAUCAAUUGCAACACUUCAAAGAUUAAGCAAUAAUUAUGAAUUUGUAUUCAUUUACCUUGCUUUACUGCAGUUUAUGAACUCAGUUAAAGGGUAUAGGGAUAUGUGCACUUUUGCAUGGAAUAGAGGUAUUGGAAAUCAAUGCUUGUUCUCUCAAACAUUUUGCAGGUGUUUGCCAUUUCACUUGUUACUUACUGAAGUGUUUUGCUUUGGUGGUUACACGAUGUGAUGCCUAAAAUGUAACAGGCUGCUACAGGUGACCAUACUUUCAUUAUCUUUAAAAGUGUACAUAAAAUGAAAUAAUGAAUACAAUCAGAAACUGUGUGUGGGCCAAAAUGCAAAUAUAAAAUAUAGAGCAAUCAAAAUAGAAUUUGUCUACUGUUGAUCUCACAAUUGAAGACUGGAAAUAUAUAGUGUAGAGAUUAGAAAUGAGUCAUAAUAUGCACAAACACUAUGCAAGGUUAGUAAGAUGGGGAAUGCUAUUUUCCACAGCAAAGAACCUUAAAAUUUACAUCACUUCUCUGGAACAUUUGUUCCAAGUGCGUGACAGAUCAGCCUUAAAUUUGCCUUUUGUCAGCUUGAGCCUGUGCCAUAUUCUCUUACCUUGCAGUAGCUUUUCAGAUUUUCCUUUUCUGUACUAUUUUAGAAUUGUUCCUACUUUCUGAAAGGACUCGUCUCCAUUGAUGUUUCUUCAGGCAUGAAGUCCCAUUUGUGGUCCCCUUGCAGGUGUCAUUUAUUAUAGGCCUUUAUCCCUACAAUCUGCAUUUGUUUCUCUUAUCUUCCCCUAGUCCCUUCCAAAAACACACAUACACAGCAUUUGAGUAUAUCGGAGGACUAGAGCACACUCAAUUCCCACUACAGCUUCAUCAGAUGUACCCUAUUAUUCAAAUGUGUAUUCAAUGAUUGUUGCUCCACUGUGACUGAAUGUUAGUGUAACAGUUGUCACCACCUGCACAUACAUCUAAUUCUACUUUAAGUAUUUAAUCCAAAGGUUAAACUCAGACCCAAGAACAAUGUCUAGCUCCAUUUUGAAACUGGCAUUUGUAUGGGCCCUUGAUACUUUUCAACAUAUUUUCAUGCUAUCAUUUUAUAUUCCUUUUGCUUUUGAGAUGGCUGGACUAAUACUGUCUAUACUUUUUGCUUCCACACUAAAUAUAGGUUUAUUCCUAAAUUAUCAAUCAGACCAUAGUGAAAAUGUCAUUACUGUCUGUGGACUUUACUUUAGACAGUAGACAGGAAUGAUACUCUGUGAUCUGCUGUUUUAAAAUAGUGAAAUCUAGCACAGAACUCACAGCUAAAAUAGACUAAAUAGCUAACUAAAAUAACUGAAGUGUUUGCUUAAUAUUCAAAAUGUGAUUAAAAUGAAGAGAUGUAGCUCAGUUCCUUAGCUCUACAAUACUGUAGAGACAAAGCUGGAAUUUGUGUAUCUUUUAGGCAAAAGUAAGGACUGCAGAUGUUGGAAACUAGAGUUUACAUCAAUGUGGCGCUGGAAAAGCACAGCGAGUCAGGCAGCAUCCGAGGAGCAAGAAGGGCUUUUGCCCGAAACGUCGAUUUUCCUGCUCCUCGGAUACUGUCUGACCCGCUGUGCUUUUCCAGCACCACUCUGAUGUAAACUUUGUGAAUCUUUUCACUAGUGAGCUUAUGUAGAAGUAAAGAUUUCCUCUUAAUAGACAUUGCAAUAGUAAUUCACAGUCACCCAUAAUCCAGCAAAGGAUGUGUAAAAUGUAUCCAAUGCAGUGUUGUCAUGAGAAAAUAUUUACUACAAAUAUUCUAUAGCAAGAAACUCAAUUAGGCAAUAUGGUUUAAUGUUGAACAAUAUACUUAUGUUUUGCUUAUUUACUACCAACACCUUUGACAAGGCGAAGAACCAGGUCCUUAACCUGGUAUUAAACAGCUAAAAGUACUCUCUCUGUUCUUCCCAAACAUGGUAAUAUAUGUACUGUUUAGUGUUUCACAAUUCAAGUGAACAGAUUUAUCAAAACUUUAUUCAUCUUUUUCAAACUGAUAAUAUUGCAAAGUUCAUGAAACGGCAUUAUAAACCUAAUGAUAUUUUAAAUACUCAGCAGGAAUUUACUGAAGACAUUUAGGCUAUUAAAGAGAAUUUUGGUUUAACACUAAACUGAGGUUUGGAGUUCUGUAACUAAACAUUUUUGUUGCCCAUCAGCAAAAUUGAACUGAGGUUUGCAAAUACAAAUAGUGUGAAUACCACUAUGGAAACUUAUACAAACAUUUACAACAUCUGCCAUUCCAAGCACGAUGUUUAGUUGAUGUACGUUAUUGUAAAUUUUUCAGUGUUCUGUCAAGCCUCUAAAAUAUCAUUAGAAUCUGUGUUAAAGGGCUUCACUUUCCUGGUGCCUAGAAACUGUUUGAGUAAUUCUGAAGGUGAUGCAGAGAUUUGACACCUGAAAGCAACUCUGGUAUUAAUUGUAUAACAUAUAUUUUUAAAUGAUAUGGAAAGCAUUUUUCUUUUUCUAUACUUUGUGGAAAUCUAAAAGCAGUAGUUUAAUAGCAUUAUGGAUUUACCAACAGAAGUUCAUCACUAGGAUUUCACCAGGUACAAAUUAGCUGCUUUGCCUGCCUGAAAAACACACUUCAGGUCGUCAUUAGGUCAGAAAGAUAAUAAGUGAAAAAAGUUUCAUGUUUUCAGCAGGGUAAGUGAUAGGAUGACUGAAAUAUCCAUCACAAUCCAACCAUGAUAGAAAAAUAAUUCAGCCACCUAACAUGAAUAUUUUCUUUUGCCUGGCCAACAAAUUGCAGUCACAGGUAAAUGGAAAAACUGCAAUUAAAUUAUCCCUGUAUUUCUGAUGGAAAUUUGAAGGUUGGAUCCACUAAGCACCUUAACUUUAAAUUGCAUUUAUUGAAGACAUAUAAGACUGGGGUCAAGUUGCUGAUUGUAGCUAUGGUGAUUUGUAGUAUAUGUAACUAUUAGAGUCAUAGAGAUGUACAGCAUGGAAACAGACCCAUCAGCCCCAGCCUGUUCAGCCUCUCCCUAUAGCUCAAAUUCUCCAACCCUGGCAACAUCCUUGUAAAUCUUUUCUGAACCCUUUCAAGUUUCACAACAUCUUUCCAAUAGGAAGGAGACCAGAAUUGCAUGCAAUAUUCCAACAGUGGCCUAACCAAUGUCAUGUACAGCUGCAACAUGACCUCCCAACUCCUGUACUCAGUACUCUGACCAAUAAAGGAAAGCAUACCAAACGCCACCUUCACUAUCCUAUCAACCUGCGACUCCACUUUCAAGGAGCUAUGAACCUGCAUUCCAAGGUCUCUUUGUUUAGCAGCACUCUCGAGGACAUUACUAUUAAGUGUAUAAGUCCUGCUAAGAUUUGCUUUCCCAUAAUGCAGCAUCUCGCAUUUAUCUGAAUUCAACUCCAUCUGCCACUUCUCAGCCCAUUGGCCCAUCUGGUCAAGAUCCUGUUGUAAUCUGAGGUAACAUCCUUCACUAUCCACUACAUCUCCAAUUUUGGUGUCAUCUGCAAACUUACUAACUGUACCUCUUAUGCUCACAUCCAUAUCAUUUAUAUAAAUGACAAAAGGUAGAGGACCCAGUACCAAUCCUUGUGGCACUCCACUGGUCACAGGCCUCCAGUCUGAAAAACAACCCUCCGCCACCAUGCACCUUUGAGCCAGUUCUGUAUCCAAAUGGCUAGUUCUCCCAUUAUUCCAUGAGAUCUAACCUUGCUAACCAGUCUCCCAUGGGGAACCUUGAUGAACGCCUUCCUGAAGUCCAUAUAGAUAUAUUAAUGGCCAGGAUAAAACUUAGUUUUGGAAGCUUCAGUAAAAUGCAAGUUGGUAAAUGGGACUCCUUAGAUUAGGAUAUCUGGCCGGCAUGGACAGAGUUGGACUGAAGGGUCCGUUUCAAAGCUAUAUAACUCUUGACUCUAGGAAUACUAUAAUACUGAUUUUGCACUGAUCACCAUAGACUACUCUCUUGGCCUUGCUCUGAAUACUGCUGUUAAUGGAACUUCAUUGCAAACAAUGAUAAUCUCAGCAACCGGUGGGUGGUAUUGCAUUAUAAGAAAAACUAGAAAUGAUGUCAAGUUUACAUUUUCAGAAAGCCUUCUUAAUACAAAGCAAUUAAACCUGACAUCAGGUAACAGUUCAUAGCCUGAAAAUCCAUCAAUUUAUGCAGGAAUAUUCAAAAGAUUUAAUAAUUGAAACUUUACCAAUCCAUGUUGGGCUGGUCAGUGAUGGGAGACUAAACUCUGGACUAAUCUUUUAAAUACUAAUUUUCUGCGAUGGCAUUAAAACUAAUUCUAACUCUCAAAAAACACGACAUAUUUAUUUCUACAGAGUACAUCGAUUUGAAGGUAAAACUUGGAAAAGUCCUCUGUUAUUUCGAGAUCCAAUUUUUCAUUUUCCUCCAAACUCAAUACUUAAAACUGUUAAAUAUAUAAUGCUUAUAUAAGUAAAUAUUCUUGUAUCUAAAUAGGUAGAAUGAGUUUUAACAAUUGUGCAACUAAUGUUUAGUGAGAUCACAUUACUGUUAAAAUGUUUUAGCAAUCUUGCACAUUGGUACUGUUUGACUUUGUGUAUUCUUGCCUAGUUGUUAAUAUGUUAAAUUUGAUCUUUUAUACAUAUGAGUGUUUAAAGAAAGCAGUGUAUGGAAUAGGUGUAUUUAUGUUCAGAAAUCUUUCAUAACCACAACCAGCCACACUACUUGCAAGACACCAAACAAUGGCUCUGCUCUGAAGUAUUAAAGAAAGUAGUUUGUCAAUCCUGUUCGUCGUUAACUGCCACUUGGUAGUGUUUGCAUUUGAUUAUCUGAACUGACUGCUACCUCUGGAACAAUGGGAAUAAAACUAAGAUGUUUCUUUUUUGAGAACUUCAAGAAUAAGAUGCUUUUUUCAGCACAAGACAGAUGAGUUGAAAUGAUGAAUGAGGGCGAACAUCAAAGUAACUUGCCAGACAGGAAAUCUAUGGGAUCAGGUGAAAUAAUGGUUUGACACCUCACCUAAUACUAGAUUAAAAAUUGACCCUGUACCAAUGGAAUGCCAUAUCCAUUUAAUGGAUGGAAAAUGAUACUUUUAUUUUAAAAAGUAUCUUUAUGUACUGAUGUACAGUAAAUUCCAAAACUGUCUGCAUGGUCCUGUCACUAGUUGCAGGCUGUUUUCACUGUAGGACAUGACUCCAUGACUGCCAUCAAUGAGGUUCUGCAACUAUCUGCUUAACAUUUUUUUUUAGCUGAAUAAAACUAGAAAAUGCACUUUUUCUUCUAAGAUGGCCUGAUAUUUCAUCGGGUGAUUCAUUCAUUUUUGAAGUCUGAAUUUAUACAAGAAAUGCUUGAAGACCAUUCCUCCUGUCCAAAUCAAUUUCUGCCAUGAUCAGCUGACAGAAAAUUAAGCUCAAUUCAUUUGAUCUGAAAUCUUUCUAACUUAGUAAACACUCAAGGUUGAUAGAUUAUAUAUGAUUUACAAAAUUUAUCAAAUUUGUAUAGUUUGAAGUGGCCUAAAACUGAAGAAUGUACUGUAAAUGUAGUAAAGGUCUUAAAGUGCAAUAAUUGAUCAUAAUUUCAGUUUUUAAUUCAUUUAGAUGUCCUUCUGUAUUAAAGUGCUUUCAGGACUACUUGGAAUUGUUAUUAAUUUAAACUUUCUUCUAUAAGCCUUUCACUGGGAAAAUUAAUGUUUUAUAAUU